CGGCAGCUGCUUCCGUCCCCGAUGCGCGCCGAGCCCAGGUUCGCAGCUGGACGGGCAGUGAGAGGUUCUGCCGGUCCGGUCCGGUCCGACCCGCUCGAACCGGCUGGUCUGCCGAGCUCCUCAGUCAAAGGCGGUUCCAGACCCGGGCGGUUUGGGGGGAUGGACCCUACAAGCCUCACCCUGAAGCUGCUUCUGGUCGGAGACAGCGCGGUGGGGAAGUCCAGCCUCCUGCUCAGGUUUACAGACGGAGCCUUUGAGCCAUGCCUGAAACCCACCAUCGGUGUUGAUUUUAAAGUGAAGAAAAUGCUGGUAAACGGGCAUGCAAUCCAGCUGGCGAUAUGGGACACAGCAGGACAGGAGCGCUUUAGAACGCUGACUCCAAGUUAUUACCGAGGAGCUCAAGGGGUUGUUUUAGUGUAUGAUGUUACAAGAAAAGACACUUUCACAGGACUGGAGAGCUGGCUGAAUGAGCUGGAAAUGUAUACCAUCAAAAACAAGACUGUGAAGAUGUUAGUUGGCAAUAAAACUGAUAAGCCUGAUCGUGAAGUACAGAGAAAAGAAGGACUCCAGUUUGCUAGGAAACGUUCACUGCUUUUUAUAGAGACCAGUGCCAAGACACAGGAUGGAGUGCAACAUGCCUUUGAGGAACUAGUCAUAAAGAUCCUGCAGACACCAGGUCUUUGGGAUAAAAAUGCAGAGAAGCAGGGAAUCCAGCUCAUGGAAUCUUCAUCACAGCAGGGUCAAAGUUACUGUGGUGCAUACUGUCCACUUGCCUAAAACUACAGGUGGCUGUUCUGUCAGAUCCAGUGGACUUUUUUAAAUUAAAAAAAAAAAUACAGGGGGGUGGGGGAGUUUCAGGCACUAGACUGUAUUGUGUGACCUGCCAGCAGUUGUGUAGAUCCAAAACCCAAACUGGUUGGACAAGUACAUUUUUGCUCAUUAAUAAUAAUACAGUUUAUUCUUUCCUUAUGCACAAUUGAGAUCUCUAGAUAUUCCUCUGGUAACUGUCAGAUUUUUCAUAUUAAAUCAUAGGCAUGCUUUCAUCUUGGGAAUAUUCACUUUCUGCUUGAAAGGGUUGUCAGGGGAAAGAGAAGACUUGAAAAACAUCAGAUUCACCUUCAAAAUUUUAAGUUUUUCUUUUUUGUAAGAAAAUUAGAAAGUUACUCUGCAUUCGUGGCAAAUCACAUGAACAGUACCCCAAUAUGGAGAUGUUGUUUGAGUUUCUUAACCUCCCUACAUGAUGCUUUCCUCAAAAAAAGUUUCUAAAUCCCUAAGAUCCUUGCAAUGCAGUUUUCAUUAAAAACUCUCCAACUCUCAUGCAAUAAAGUAUUGUACAAUAUUAAAGAAUCACGUUUGUGUUCAGUGAUGUAAUCAGUGUGGUAAUUUUAAAUAUGUAACUGCACAAAAUAGAAAACUGAUUUGUGGGUUUUUCC